GUUUCUCGGCCUGCACAAGGACAAAACCAUUGAAUAUGGAGCAAUUGCGUGCAAUCUUUCCUGACACCGACGCAGAUGUAUGCGAGGCUGUCCUGACUGCAAACGACGGCAAUGUCGAAGCUGCUAUAAAUGCUUUAUUGGAAAUAUCCAAUCCCUCUUCUGCUCCGCAAUCCAAUAUAGGCGCUACACAAGCAGAUGCGAGCACUACAAAUGAUGAGGCGUUGGCUCGCGCGUUAGCACAGCAAGAAGAAGAUGAAGAACUUGCAAGGCGUUUGGAGGAAGAGGAGCGUCAAGGGGAAGCAGCCCAAAGACAUCGGCAGCUCGAUGAAGACCCGUCAAGGCCCCGAAGCCCUUCGCCUUUUCGCGAAACCAAAGAGAAAGUCAUAGCUGGCGCCAGCGCCAUAGGGGAAUCGGCGAAGAAGAAGUUCAAAGAGUUGUAUGACAAGGCGUUUACCCCCAAGGACAGCGGAUCUUCUUCCCGACAGCAGUACAACAACUUGCCGGAAGACGAUUUUGACGCAGUGCUCGUGGACUCAGAGGAUACACCUUUGCAACGAAAGAAGGAUGAUCGUCCCGAGGAUAUUAGAUAUUCUGGGGAUAAUCGAAGGGAGUCAAACGCGCCUCUGUAUCCCAAUACACAGUGAUCAACUUCAAGACGGAAGGAUGCCUCAAAAAACAACGGUACUUUUGAACUGGGUAGACGGGGUCCCGGCGCGCGGCGGCUUCGCCACAUGAAACUCCGGACACAACGUAGGGAGAUCUAUGUAUUUGGGUUCAGGACGUGGAUUUCCAACACAUUUCGCAAAUGCAUAACACCCCCGCUGUCUCUAUCAAUCAGCUGUAUAUCUUCAAUAGUGUGAACUAAUCCUUUAAUAGCGACAAAAUGCAGAUUGA